UGCUCAAUGUGUCCACUCUCUUAAGUUUUGUGACUCUCUUCGACUCCCCUCUCGCCAUCUGUGCGUCUGUUUGACGCCGCGCAGCCGCGUCAUCCGCCGCAAUGUCUUCGACGUCUAGCACAACAACCGUCAACCUAGAGCGUGCCAAGGAAAGUAAUACGGCCAUGAUCCUAGCCGUGACGGGGACUUUUCACGCGCUCGCUCUCGUCUUCGUCGUCCUCCGAACGUAUACCCGCGCCGCUAUCGUAAAGACGAUAGGCAUCGAUGAUUACACGAUGAUCAUGUCUGCCCUCUGUGCGCUUGGUGGUGGUAUGGUGAUCUUCAUUAUCCAGGCGUUUUAUGGACUCGGUAGACACAAAGACAUAAUCAGCAAGCCAGAUCAAGUGUUCUUUUCCAAAGUUGGCUUCUUUCAGUCUAUCAUAUCCGCCAUCGCCGCCCUGGCGUUUCUGAAGAUUUCAAUCGCCCUAUCGCUGCUACGUCUAAGCAAGAACAAGUGGUACUCGAGGUCACUAUGGGCUUUGAUUGUGUUUGUAGUGCUCUAUACGAUCAUGGCAUGGCUAAGCUUCUUCUUGUACUGUAGCCCGAUGGAGGGAUAUUGGGACAAGAGCCUCAAGCCAAAGUGCUACAACAUCAAGUUGUUUGUCAACUUCGCACUAGUCAACACUGCGUUCAACAUCUUUACCGAUGUUUGUUUCGCAUCCCUGCCCAUCCCCAUCAUUUGGGUCUUACAGAUGAAGUUGCGCACACGGGUGUAUCUGAUCGUCGUACUUAGUCUGGGAUAUUUGGCUGUUAUUAUGGGCAUCAUCAAAGCCAUCUAUCAAAUUGCGCAACCGGGCAGCAAAGACGGGACCUUUUACCAAAGUAUCCAAUUCUGGGGUUUCCUCCAACUCAACCUCGGCAUCAUCGCCGCCUGCGCACCAGCAUUAAAACCCCUCGUCGGCCGUGCCCUCAAGAUCUCAUCGAGCCGUCAUUACAACAGCGAUAACCUCUACGAAAACCGAUACCCGACUGGACGAUCUGGUAGAACGGGGAACAUCACCACGGGCACCGCUCGAAGGCAAGGCUACAGGGAACAGGGAAGCCAAGGGGCACCAGACUAUGAACUCGGGGACGGGCCAUUUUCACCAAGCCCAGAGUUCUACCGUACGACGAUCAAAGGUGGGAAUAAUACUCCGGCAGCAGUCGCUGUGUAUCAGAAGAAGAACAGCUUUGGCGACAGAUCGGGGAGUGAAGAAUUGAUACUGGAAACUGGGCAUGGGUUUGGAGAGAGCAAGGGUAUCAUGAGGACGACCGAAGUGCAUAUCCAACGUUGAGAACCAGCAUUUAGGGCAGUACGGCCGGUCCUAAUUCGUUAAGAUGCCCAGAAAUGAUGGAAUGAGGAUAAAAGAUUGACUCCAUUCGAAGCGAUUGCGUUUGACCCCUUUCUUGACUAAAGUAAGGUAUGCUCAACUUUGGGUAUUUCUUUCUGCUGACAUACUCCAAUACUUCCACUUCGAAUAUGGGCCUACUCGUAGUCCAACAGGUGGUAUCAUUGACAUGAAGAGUGCGAUCAGUUUUGUAAGUAUUGUUACCCCUUGGUACACAAUAAUAUCAAGUUUAUGC